AGGUUUGAACAGGUGUGGGUCUAGUCAUGUCAUAUGGGCAGGUGGAUAACAUGUACCGCCCUAUGGCAGGGGAUUUCUUUGAAGGGGUUUCAGACGAAGAGGAGUCUGGUACAUCUGAUGAAGAAAACAUCCUCACAGAUGCCCUAGAGACCAAUAGACGUUCUCCCAAGACUUCUGUUAAGUCACCUCAUGACAAAUUCAACCUACAUACACGCAUCCUUGGUUCCAUUGCUGGUGUCCUUUUCCUCUUUGUGGUCACAACUGCACUUGUCGACAUUGAUACAGAUCACCAUGAGAUGAUCUUCUUUACUGCUACUUGUGUGAUGGUGGCUGCUAUUAAUGCCUUCAUCUCCCUGCUGCAAGGUGCAGUGGUUGGAGUGGCAGGGAAAUUUCCCCCUGAGUACAUGGGGGCUGUUGUCAGUGGUCAGGCAGUUUCAGGGAUCCUGGCUUCUAUUGCCAGGGUUCUCUCUCUUGCCUUGGGAAUUUCCAUCAUCCACUCAGCAUUUGUUUACUUUCUCUUUGCUGACAUCUUCCUUCUUGUUGGGAUGUCCCUCUAUCUGGGGAUCUUUCGCACAAUACGUUCGCUGGCACUGAGUGUAAUGUUUGUAUUCACUGCAACCAUUGGAGUGUUUCCUGCUGUCACAGUCUUGGCUGUUUCUUCUGCAAGAACCUCUGGUUCUUCAUGGAGCAAUGAGUACUUCAUCCCUAUUGCCUGCUUCCUCCUGUUCAAUUGUGGGGAUUUUUCUGGAAGAUUGGUUGCUGGCCAACUGAGAUGGCCAAGUAUUCAUGGAAAUGGAGAGAAAUGGAUCCUGUUUCUGUGCUGUGCACGGCUUGUGUUCAUCCCACUGUUCAUGUUCUGCAAUCUCCAUCCACGAGCUCACCUCCCUGUGCUCUUUCCCUCUGACUGGUUCUACGUCUGCUUUAUGCUUCUGUUUGCAUUCUCCAAUGGCUAUCUCUUUUGUCUGUCCAUGAUGUAUGCCCCAAUGAAAGUGACGGUAGAGGAGCAGGAGACAGCUGGGAACCAGCUGAUGGCUUUUCUCGGCCUUGGGUUGUGCAGUGGUUCCAUCAUAUCGGCCUGUGCUGUUAAAAUGCUUUGAAUACUUCUAAAGAAUCCGAAUCUCAUGAACAAUGAGAGAGACCAUCUUGUGAUGUUUGUGUAUAUGGGAUCUGAAAGGCUGACAUUGCAGGGGAGACCAAAGUCCUUUGUCACACAUGUAUAUCAGAUUAAAUGUACAUGGACUGUCAUAAAAUAAAAUGAACAACUUAACUUACAAGAUUUAUGAUGUACCAAGAACACAUUUUGGGACUCUUACCUUAAAUGUCCCUGCACUGAAAGUUUUGACAUGUGUUCUCUAUCAUUCUUUGCACUCUGGGUGAUACUUCUCCAGAUGUGAUGGGUCAUCCAGCAAAGCAUCUGUAGUGUGAUCAUCAGCUGUAAUUAUGCAGAGCUCUUUGUUUCAAUAAUGUACCAUGGUGACUUCUUUGAUGAUGUCUUGUAGACUACAAGAUGCUUUAUGCAUCAGUGAUACUAUGGUAUACGUGAGUGAUAGGGGACUUUCUGUCCAUCCUGUAGUUACUUGUUGUUCUGUGAUAUAUUUUUUUUAAUGAAGGAUUCAGCCCUGGUAAUAAUGGCAUUUUCUUCCAGAGUUUUAUCUGCUCCCAUUGUGUCCAUU